AUUUCUCAUCUUUCUUUCCUAUGGAUGUGUUAUUGUUGUUACUGCCUCUAUUGGUUGCUUUCCUAAGCUUGAAUGUAGUUGAGAGCCGAAAAACACCGGCUGAGGAGCACUAUGUUGAGUACUGUGUUGUGAGCUGCAGAGCUUACAGUGCCUCAGUGACGGAGUUUGGAGCGGUUGGCGAUGGACAAACUUCGAACACACGAGCCUUUCAGACGGCGGUAGAUCAUCUGAGUCAGUACUCGUCGAACGGAGGGUCUCAGCUUUAUGUUCCACCAGGAAGAUGGUUGACUGGUAGUUUCAAUCUCACCAGUCAUUUCACUUUGUUCCUACAUAAAGAUGUUGUCAUUCUUGCCUCUCAGGAUGAAAGUGAGUGGCCGGUGAUCGAGCCCUUACCGUCUUAUGGUCGAGGGAGGGACACUCAAGGCGGACGAUAUAGCAGUCUGAUUUUCGGAACCAACCUCACUGAUGUAGUCAUAACAGGGGACAAUGGAACAUUAGAUGGACAAGGUGAAGUGUGGUGGCAAAAGUUUCAUAAGGGGGAGCUUAGUUAUACCAGGCCUUACCUGAUUGAAAUCAUGCACUCAGAUGAUAUUCAGAUUUCGAAUCUCACUCUGGUUAAUUCUCCAUCCUGGAAUGUUCAUUCUGUUUAUAGCAGGUUCGUUUUGUUCUCUUUGCGGUGUCUAUUAUCAAUUAUCAAUCUACUACAUUAUUGUUCGAGUUUUCUUAUAUAAAGAAAUUGAAUGCAG